AUGACGAAAUUUGCAUUGAUCGUUGGCGCUACCGGUGGCAUUGGCCAGGCGCUUGCCCGCCAGUUCAGAGGCAAGGGCUACCUGGUGGUGUGCUUUGCCCCGCACCGGUUUGCCCUGGAGCUCGACGAGAUGAAGCUGACGUUGGGAGUGAUCCCUUACUGCAUGGACAUCACCAGCAUCGACGACAUCCGCCGCGCCCGCCAGUUCAUCAAGGACACCACCGGCGGCCGCCUCGACACGUUGUACGUCAACCUGGGCGUCGCCUACGCCCACCCGGCCGUCGAGUACGACGACGCCCGCAUGGAACAGGUUUUCCGCGUCAACUUGCUCGGCCCCAUCCACGUGUGCAAGUACUUGGCCAAAUACGUCGUCGCCACCAAGGGGACGAUUGUGUUUACCACCUCGAUCGCCGCCUGCGUCCCGUUGGCGUGGACGGCGGUGUACGGGCUGCUGAAGGCCGGGCUCGACAGCUACGCCCGCUACUUGCACCACGAGUUGUCCCCGUUUGGCGUGUCGGUGUACCUGGUGAUUACGGGUGGUGUCGACACCGCCAUUGCCGCCCACGCCCACGAGGACUCCCCCAGCUUCGACACCGAGUUGUACCGGGUGCCCGAGAUGGCCCAGCUGGUGAUGGCGGCGUCGCAGAUGACGAAGAACGCCACUAACCCCGACGACUACGCCAAGGUGGUGGUGCCGGUGGUGUCGGCGCACUCGCCUAAGUUCCACGUCUACGCCGGCCAGAGCGGGUGGCUCAUGGGGUGGUUGCUGCGGUACCUCCCCGAGUCGUGGGUGCUGUGGGUGAUUGCCCGCAAGUACAAGCAGGACGCGGUGUUUGUGCUGGCGAAGGCCAAAGCCGCCGCCGAGGCCAGAGCCGAAGCCCGUGACCAGCAAAAGCCGGUGAAACACGACUAG